UUGUUACGGUCUCCCUCUUCCGCCAUCGUUCCGUCGAGGUCGGGCUCAGCCGUGUGUCUGUUGAAAAUGGCCGCGGAUCCACUCUCUGUUUCUUCUAACGCGUCCACAAACAAUGAAGGUAUUCUUAUAGGUGACAAAGUAUAUUCGGAAGUGUUUCUUACCAUCGACAACUCGCUUGUACCGGAUGAAAGACUCGCGACGACACCGUCGAUGCUCGAUGGCCUCGACCUGAGCACGGAGACCGACCUCCGCAUCCUUGGAUGCGAACUGAUUCAGUCAGCGGGUAUCCUUCUUCGGUUACCUCAGGUGGCCAUGGCAACAGGACAAGUACUUUUCCAUCGGUUUUUCUAUUCCAAAUCCUUCGUGAAACACAGUUUCGAGAUUGUUGCUAUGGCUUCCAUUUACCUCGCCUCAAAGAUUGAAGAAGCGCCACGGCGAAUACGAGACGUCAUCAACGUUUUCCACCACCUGCGACAGCUUAGAGGCAAAAAGACCCCAAGUCCAUUGAUACUUGAUCAAAACUACAUUAAUACCAAAAACCAAGUGAUCAAAGCGGAGCGACGGGUCCUUAAGGAGCUGGGCUUCUGUGUUCAUGUCAAGCAUCCACAUAAGAUAAUCGUCAUGUACCUCCAAGUCCUGGAAUGUGAGAAGAACCAGCCUCUAGUUCAGACGGCCUGGAACUACAUGAAUGACAGUUUAAGGACCAAUGUGUUUGUGAGAUUCCAGCCGGAGACCAUCGCUUGUGCCUGCAUCUAUCUAGCUGCCCGAGUUUUGCAGAUCCCCCUGCCAUCCAAACCUUACUGGUACCUGCUUUUUGGGGCCAGUGAAGAUGAAAUCAAAGAAAUCUGUGUGACGACGCUGAGACUGUACGCGAGGAAAAAACCCAACUAUGAGCAGCUGGAUAAAGAGGUGGAGCGGCGGAAAGUUUUCCUGGCAGAAGCUAAGCUGAAGGCCAAAGGCCUGAAUCCUGAUGGUACUCCUGCCCUGUCCACACUGGGGGGGUUCUCCCCCGCGUCCAAACCGUGCUCCCCGAAUGUGGCCAAAUCGGAAGAGAAGUCUCCAAAUCCUCCCACAAUCAAAGCGGUUAAAAAAGAGCAAGACAGCAGAACCCAAGUCAACAAAAGUCCACCCAACGGUUUAAAAAAGGAGGCAAAGAUUGGAAGGAACAGCAGAAGUGGAAGUCGUUCUCGAUCAAGAACGCGAUCGCGCUCAAGAUCCCGCUCCCCUCGCAGACAUUAUAACAGCAGAAGGAGCCACUCUGGGACUUACAGCUCGCGGUCCCGCUCCCACAGCCGCAGCCCGUCACCUCGCCGACAUCAGCACUCGCCUCUCGUCCCCCCUCUCAAGUCCAAAUCCAGCCACCAUAGCAACAGUGACUCCAAGCUCAGUGGCCGCCACAGCAUCAGCGGGGGCGGAGGCUCCGGGCACAAGAGGAAGCGCUCUCGCUCAAGAUCCCGGACUCCUGUCAAAGUGGACCGAGAGCGCGAGAGGGAGCGCGAAAGAGACCGCGGCUCGUUUGAAGUCUCCUUAAAGAAACACAAACACGAGCGAGGAAUGGGACACAGAGACCGGAGGGACAGGGAGAGGUCUCGCUCGUACGACAGGGACAGAGACAGGGAGCGGAGCCACAAAAGCAAACACCAUAGCAGCAGCAGCGGCGGGCACUCAGGACACGGCCGCCACAGGCGCUGAGGCACAGCAACGGGCAGGUCUGGGGCUGAUGCUCGCACCAUUCGCGACACUCUCGGUCAAUUUAUUCUUUUUAUCCAUCAGGAAAAUAAAAACACACUGCCUUAAGUUCAACAAGCUGUUGAGAUUCCUAGACGUGUUGACGGCAGCUUUGUGCUGCAGGUUAAUGUGAUGAAAACAAGGCAGACUUUCUCCUCAAUCAUUUGAUUAGAGUUGGUUCUCUGCUAUCCAUUACAUCCCUGAAAAAGCAGAUAGAAACAUUCUGGUUAUUUGAUGGAAGCCCUGCAGAACUCACGUUAACCACGAGUGUCAUGGCGUAGAGCAGCAUCAGCCCCAGAGCGGCCUCCUUCCCACGCAGUUCUACUCUUCAAACACCUAAGAAACCAUCAAGCCGCUUUUUGUGUUUCGGGGUCAAAGGUGUAAAGUUACCAUUUUUUGGGGGAAAACAAUUAUUUACAGUGUAAACGAUUGGUACCCACUGACUAAAUAUGAAUGCUUUGAUUUAUAAAAGCGAACUCUUCAGUGGAAAGGUGGAAUAUGUUCAAUGUUAAAAAACCUUCAGGAAAAGUCAACAUGUUUGCACAUGGAGGGCUGACAGUGUUUUUUGGUUCCUUUUGUUUGUUUAUUUUGUACUGGACAGGUUUAUGUUGCUUCAAUAAGAAAACUGGUUAUGCUUUAGUUAUCUUUAUAUAUAUUUUUUCUCUUCCAGCAGGAAAACCGGACUUGAUUUGGAAAAGAGAACUUUUAAGAUUUGCUAUUUGUAACACUGGUUUUUAGUCUGCACGUCUCUGCCCAAUUUUUAUUCAUGAAUAAAAGAGUAAUGCCACUAAA